GCCCGGUUCCGCUUCCGGUUGGCAGGGCGCUGGGCUCCAGAAAGUUGUCGCUGGGGUGGUCGCGAUGGGCAAGUCGGAUUUUCUUACCCCGAAGGCCAUCGCCAACAGGAUCAAGUCCAAGGGGCUUCAGAAGCUGCGCUGGUAUUGCCAGAUGUGCCAGAAGCAGUGCCGGGACGAGAAUGGCUUUAAGUGUCAUUGUAUGUCUGAAUCUCAUCAGAGACAACUAUUGCUGGCGUCAGAAAAUCCUCAGCAGUUUAUGGAUUAUUUUUCAGAGGAAUUCCGAAAUGACUUCCUGGAACUUCUCAGGAGGCGCUUUGGCACUAAGAGAGUGCACAACAACAUUGUUUAUAAUGAGUAUAUCAGCCACCGAGAGCACAUCCAUAUGAAUGCCACUCAAUGGGAGACACUGACUGAUUUUACCAAGUGGCUGGGCAGAGAAGGCUUGUGCAAAGUAGAUGAGACACCGAAAGGCUGGUAUAUUCAGUAUAUAGACAGGGACCCGGGAACGCUCCGCCGGCAACUGGAACUAGAGAAAAAGAAGAAGCAGGACCUCGACGAUGAGGAAAAGACUGCCAAAUUCAUUCAAGAACAAGUGAGAAGAGGUCUGGAAGGGAAAGAACAGGAGGCUCCUGUCUUUACGGAAUUAAGCAGAGAAAAUGAUGAAGAGAAAGUUACAUUUAAUUUGAAUAAAGGAGCAUGUAGUUCAGCAGCAACAUCUUCCAAGUCAAGUUCUUUGGGACCAAGUGCAUUGAAGACCAUAGGAAAUGCAGCUUCAGUGAAACGGAAGGAAUCUUCCCAGAGCUCCACUCAGUCAAAAGAAAAGAAGAAAAAGAAGUCUGCCCUCGAUGAGAUCAUGGAGAUUGAAGAAGAAAAGAAAAGAGCCGCCCGCACAGACUACUGGCUACAGCCUGAAAUCAUCGUGAAAAUUAUAACCAAAAAACUUGGAGAGAAAUAUCAUAAGAAAAAGUGCAUUGUUAAGGAGGUAAUUGACAAAUACACAGCGGUUGUAAAGCUGAUGGACUCUGGAGACAAGCUGAAGCUGGACCAGACUCAUUUAGAAACCGUGAUUCCAGCACCGGGAAAAAGAGUUCUCGUUUUAAAUGGAGGCUACAGAGGAAAUGAAGGUACCUUAGAAUCCAUCAAUGAGAAGACUUUCUCAGCUACUAUAGUCAUUGAAACUAACUCUGGACUCCUGUACUCUGUGUCUUUAUCUCUGAGUGAAAUACUUUUUCAUCUCCAGUACAGGCCCUUUAAAAGGACGCAGAGUUGAAGGAAUUCAAUAUGAAGACAUUUCUAAACUUGCCUGAGUUUGAAAAUUUGUUAACAACACAUUAAAAUCCUAAAGCAUCAAAUUGGUGUUCUCCAAGGCAUUACAAGACUCUACUGUGUUAGGGUGUUUCUUUUGUAUAAAACAAACGGAUUUAUUUAAAUAUUACUGUAUAGUUGUUUAGCUAAACUUCUAGAAAAAUCUAAUUAUGUCUCAUGAAGUAUCAAAACUGUAUAGUUUUGUCCCUGUUAAUUUUGUCCUUGUUAUUUUUGUGUCCUUUGUAACAAUUCCUUGAUGAUUUUUAUCUUCAUUAAAAGAAGUUAUUGUAAAGUGUUUUGUAUAAAACAAUUCAGAAUCAUAAUUAGAGGAAAUCCUUCAUAUACUCAAAAUUUAUAUUUUCAGUAGUAAAGUAGUAAAGUUGAACUACAAAUGUAGUUAAAUUUUAAAGUCAAACUAUAAAUAGAAUAACAGCUUUACUGAGAAAUAAUUCACAAUUCCACCCGUUUAAAGUGUACAAUUUAGUGGUUUUUUGGUAUAUUUACAGAAUUGUGCAGCCAUCACCACUAUCUGGUUUUAGAACAUUUUCAUCACCCCAAAAAGAAACCCUGUACAUGUAGUCAUGCCUGUUCUCCACUCUCCCCAGGCCUUGGCGAUCACUGAUUUACUUUCUCUGUGGAUUUGCCUGUUUGGGACAUUACAUGUAAAUGUAAUCAUACAGUAUGUGGUCUUGUAUGACUGGCC